AUGGCGAGCAUUUGGGUCUCUGUACUGGGAACCAUCUGCAGCUCCAAGACUUUGCUCCUGCUGCUUUCAAUACUGCUGCUUCAGGGGCCUCUCAGUGGACAAAGCAGCCCGAUUUCAACAACCCAUCGGAGGCAUCGCCCAGCACCAGGGCUGGGAGAUGGACAUGGAGGGGUUGUAGAUCCAUCACUGCUGGAGCAGGACAGCAACAUGAACAUGAACAUGCAGAGCCUGCUGGAGAGCCUAAAGGAACAGUUUAUGCGGACUUUCAACCUGUCUGGCGUGGGUGCUCCUCCCUUGCCUCCUGGAAGUGCCAGAGAAGAACCACCGGAGUACAUGAUGGAGCUCUAUAACCGAUUUGCUAAUGACCGCACUGCAAUGCCCACGGCCAACAUCAUCCGCAGCUUCAAAAAUGAAGAUUCAUCACCGAGUGUUGUGGGUGCCGGAGGAGUGAGAUGUCACCCACUCCUCUUCAAUGUGUCCGUCCCCCAUCACGAACGCAUCACAUCGGCUGAGCUUCGCCUUUACACCCUUGUCCAAAUUGAUCGCCACCUCUAUGCUGGGGUCGACCGCAAGGUCACUAUUUAUGAACUGGAAUCCCACGACGGAGACGAUAACACUACGGAUGAGAACCCUGUGAGGGGAGAUGCAUUCAGAGGGGGAGGAGAGCGCAUUGAGUUGGUGGAGCUGGCUUCACGACAGGUCUAUGGCAGGGAUAAUGGCUGGGAGGCUUUCGACCUAACUGCUGCAAUUCAGCGCUGGCGCAAAUCUGACCAUGGAACCACACACCGCUUGGAAGUGCGUAUUGCUAGCAUGGCUACAGAUGAUAACGAAGGCAUGACAGAACACAACAAAGAAAGGAAUCCACCUGAAGGAGACAUGAAGAUUGACACCAGCCCCGACGAAAAGCACAAACCUCUGCUGAUUGUUUUCUCUGAUGACCAAAGCAGCGAUCACCGCGAUGACAAGCGCGAGCUGAACGAGAUGAUUGACCAUGAAACCUCGAACAUGGUCCUAGAGAAUGACUUUGGAAUGGGCCUGAAUGAGCUGUGGGGAGAGCUGGGGAGGGACAUGGACAACAGAGAUGAAGAAGCUGAGCCGGAUGAAGAAGAUCUCAUCCAAAUGCGCUCCAAUCUGAUCUACGACUCAGCAUCCCGCAUUCGCCGAAAUGCUAAAGGAAACCACUGCAAGAAACAAUCUCUGUACGUGGAGUUCAAGGAUAUCGGAUGGAACAGUUGGAUCUUGGCACCCACAGGUUACGAUGCCUUCGAGUGCAGUGGGAUUUGUUCAUUCCCACUGACUAAGCAUGUCACACCCACCAAACAUGCCAUAGUCCAGACACUGGUCAACAUCAACAGUCCUCAGAAGGCCGCAAGAGCCUGUUGUGUGCCCACCCAGCUGGAUCCUAUUUCCCUGCUAUACCUGGAUGACACAGGCGUGGUCACCUACAAGUACAAGUUUGAAGGCAUGGUGGUGGCUGAGUGUGGCUGCAGAUAGUCUGUGCUUUGAGGAAGUUUAACUCUUUGUGAAGUCUGACUUUAAGAAGAGGGACUGAACUUACAGAAACCCGGACAUGGGUGUAAGCCAAAACUGUUUUGAACAAAGGGAUACUGUUGGGAUCCCUGUAAGGGUUGCUAAGCCAGAUUGCAAGUUCACAUCAGCCAUUCAUGAGACUAUGUGCCAACACAUGAUGAGUGUAGACAAAUCAGUGUUUAAACAGCAGAACAGACACAAGUACUUCUUCUUGAAUGGCCAUAGACAUGGAUGCCACUUACAAUCAUUCAGACUGUGGAGAGACAGUUUGUUGUAGAUUAACAAUCACAUGACAAGUGACGCCAAGGUAUGUCCUCAUACCUUCAAGAAUAAUGAGGAGCGAGAGUUCCUGAAGGACCUCACCAAGCACUCCCUACAGUGUGUGCGGCCUGGUGGGAACCAGUGGGCCAGUUAUCCCCCUCCCUCUCUUUCCCUCUGACAUCUGUCUUCCUCUCCACUUAUCUCUGGCCUCCCCACUUGAUGCAAACAUUAAUCAGCACUUCAUGUGUCCUGGCGCAGUGACAUGACCUCCCUGAGGCAACCUGACAAGACAUGAACUCUCCAGGCCCACCUCCUGCCUCCUGAUACGUAGGCGCUCUUAAGAGGUCCUGGUGGCAGGGUUAUCUGUCCCAACUCUGUUUCCCACUUCACAUGCCUCUUUUCCACUCCCCCGGACAACAGCGAUAGCAAGGUGUGGGGGGUUGAGAAACAUGUAUGCCACCACUCAUGCUUUG